UGUGGCGCGGGCUGAAUUAGCCAAAAAUUUUUGUUCAAAGCACUGCGGCUCUGUCCUUUUACUCUCCCGGUCUUUCCCGCUCACCUUGCCUCUCCGGUUACUGAACGGGAAAUUUUCUGCUGCAAUUCUUUGCAAUAAAAGGGAGCUGCUAGUUGAAUUCCACCAGGUAUAUUUGGUGCAUAAUUCCAGAGAAGCCAAUCGCCUUGCGGACAGCUUAGCUAGGAAAAGCAGCAGUAGUGAUUGUGGGCUUAUCGUUUUUAAUUCAAGCCCCUCUUUGACUGUUAGAUAAUUUAAGGGGAUUAGCACUUUCCAGGAUGACUGUAAAUUCUUAGCUCUGUACACGUUUAUUUCAAAGCUAUGCAUGGCGCUUACCAAAAUACAGAAAAAGAAAAAGUUAUGGAAAUUGCUGAAUCACUGAAAUUGGAUAUGGAAGUUGUGAGUAAUACUUCUUUGAGGAAACCUCGAAUCCUACUCGCUGCAAGUGGAAGUGUGGCUGCAAUAAAGUUUGCAAACCUUUGUCAUUGCUUUAUUGAAUGGGCAGAAGUUAAAGCAGUUGCUACAAAAGCUUCUAUGCAUUUCAUAGAUAAAGCUGCACUUCCUAAGGAUGUGACUCUUUACACAGAUGAGGAGGAAUGGUCAUCAUGGAAUAAGCUAGGAGAUGAUGUGCUACACAUUGAGCUCUGUAGGUGGGCUGAUAUUAUGGUCAUUGCACCUUUGUCUGCCAACACACUUGGGAAGAUUGCAGGAGGAUUGUGUGAUAAUUUGCUUACCUGCAUUGUGCGAGCAUGGGAUUAUAGUAAGCCACUUUUUGUAGCUCCAGCCAUGAACACAUUAAUGUGGAACAACCCUUUUACAGAACGGCAUCUUAUGUUAAUUGAUGACCUGGGGAUCAAUCUUAUUCCACCUGUAACCAAGAGGCUAGCUUGUGGAGACUAUGGGAAUGGUGCAAUGGCUGAACCUUCGCUCAUCUUCUCAACCGUAAGGCUCUUCUUAGAAUCCAGGGGUCAAUCAAGCAAUGGCAGUCAAUGAAUGGCAGUCAAUGAACACCAUAUCACAAGCUCCAAUAGUCUAUCAUCCCUGUUCCACAAUGUCAAUCUGUUUCAUCAGGAAGGGAAGCUGCUUUCUUUUCCUGUCUGCUUCAAAUCUAUUUGUGUUUGACAUUUUGUCAAAUCUAUGAAUAAUAUUUUAGCCACAUGCUUGUGAAAUGGAUCCAGUUUUUCCAUUUAGCUUCUGCAAUUAUGCGUUUCUUUAAAGUACCCUUUUCUAUGUAUUCUUUUGUUAAUGGAUUAGUGUCCACUCUAGGUAAAAUUAGCUCUUAGUUUGAUUUGCAUUUCACUUAUUUUUGAUGGUGUAUGAUCUAUGUGAACCAUUUUUUGCAUAGUUUGUAAUCCUGUAACUUCGGUAUUGUUAUUCUUGAGAAUUGUUCCUCAACACUUUCUUCUAUUUUUGCUGGGAUCGGGACCCUGGAAUGAUGAAUUCCUCUGUGUUUUCCUUCUAUUGAAUUGUCGAGUCUUUUCUCUGUCAAUUUAUCAAUGUGAAUCACCUGCAUAAUUUAAGUCGAGUAGUUUGAACCUAGUGUAAGGAAGGAGACAUAAGAAAAGGAUAGAAUUUACAGGCAGCCUUUGCCUGUAUAUUCAUGGAUGUCUUUGUCUGUUUUUCUGAGUGAUAUACGUAGAGCACAUUUUUUUUCUUUCACUAGAUUUUGCCUUCUCUGACGCAUCAUAAUUUUUUUAGAACUGCUGCAAUAUAAACAGGUUGUUGAAUUCUUGAAGUUUGAACUGGGAUGCUGGUAGUUGGAAAUUAUGCACUUAGGACUUAAAUUGGUCUUUAAUAAUAAGCAAUUUCUUUCAACCUCCUGUGCUCAAUAAUAUGCCUCAUCAGAUGCGUUGAAUCUUUGAUUCAGUGAAAGUGUAAAUCUUUUAGUAUUUAUCGUACUUGUAGCUACUAUCAGAAGUAGGAGUUGCUGCAUAACUUCUGGUUUUCGAGAAGAGUAAAGAGGUUACUGGGGAUGUAACCAUUUUUGGAAAUCAAAACACACAAGAGGAAGGCAAUUUUAGCAUAACGAUGCCUCUUUUCAUUCGUUGAAAAUUCCUCAUUUUGAUAAGAACUUUGGGAUGCUAAACUUAGCGCGGAAAAGUUUCUUAUUCUAGACAUUUGAGCCUCUCAUUUAUUUUCUGUGCAUGUUUGUAUAGGCAAAGAAGAGAGCAUCUUUUGAGAUGGUUUUCCUCUCUUUCUCUUGGAUAAGUUAAUUUGUGUUAAAUUACUCGUUACUAAUUAGACUGACUCUGCUUGCUUGCGAUUUGCAAGAUAAAGAUCCAGAGUUGAGUUCUUUAUCAACUUCAAUGACUGUCUGUUCUACAUGCUAAAUUACAUUGAUCAUGCAGCUGCUACUGUCGACAAUCUAGUCAAUCUUUCGUCAGUGGCCAGACAAUGUCUUAGAUAUAGUUGUUUUUGUUAUUCCAAGAACCCUGUCAAAUUAACUUGUUUUUGGAUCUAUAUGGUGGCUGAAGGUAUAUAUGGCCAACAACGAUGACGAGGAUAAUGAAAGAUGCAUGGCCUGAUGGGAAAUGCUUUAAAUCUAAGCUUGAAGAUCUUUGAAUCUCAUGAAACGAGUAAGAUUUUCUAAAAGGAUCAGUUAUUUUGCAUUAAUGAUGCAUAAACUGGAUAACUCGUUGAUCAGCUGAUAAACCUCAACAUUAUCACGAACAACAGAACAAGUCUAACAAAAAGAAGUCAUGCAAAUGCAGAUAUAUUAUCAAAAAUUAUUGGCUCUGGUUUCUUUUCUUCAUUGGCAGCAGCAGCACCACCAUCUCCCGGGGCAGGAGCUGGAGCAGCACUUACUGCAGCAGCAAACUUGCUGGGAUCCUACAAUUUGUACCAUGUCCAAAGAUGAAUUCGAUUUCAGUUAUGCUUUUGAUUAGAUUAAGUUGACUUGUAUGAGAAAUUAAGUUACAUACCUUGAGGUACUCCUUGACCUCAUCAGCCUGAGGGAAAGAGUAUUCAGUCUCGACUGCAAUGGCCAGGGCAUUUUUGUACCCA